AUGUGCCGUGUGUCUCUUUAUAUCACUUUUUUUCUGCCCUUGUUAUUACUUUACAUUACGGCCCCGGCGAAUGCAUCAGCUCGCUUUGUGCUGAAGGACACGCGCCCCGUCUGUUUUGUAGAGGAGGUGGACGAAAGUACUCGAGUCGUUUCCGGUGAGUACACACGUGUUGCAGGGGAUUCACUCGAUGUUCCUGCCCGCAUAGUCGUGACAGACCCCAACGGGGAGGAGGUGUCAAGCAACGGGUUAAUGUUAGGGACGCACGCUUUCACGGCACCGGUGAGUGAAGACACAGCAGGCCAGUACAUGUUGUGUGUGCAAGUGACGAAAAAGGGAUGGGAGGUGCCGUCAGAGGCGCGCGGCAUUCUUGUGGAGUUUAACACGGACCAGAGGUCCAGGAUCAUUCCAGUGACAGAUAUGCCAAUCCUCAAGCGCCAGAAGGUUGACAACCUGGAGGUGUUCACCUUCCGUGACUUUGGCGGCGAGCAGAAGGAUAUUUUGCGGCCAGCAGAGUACAUUCGGCGCAUCGAGAACGCCCUAGACAACUUAAUUGCACUUGUUUCCGACUACACAAGAUGA